CACCUCAUCCAAAUUCUAAAGCAACAAACAAAGUCUGAAAACCUUCAAGAUUCCAUGGGAUUGAAUCUUUCUUUCAUCCACCGAGGCAGCCUCUCGCGGCAGGUGCACCAGCCGGCCUCGCCGGCGCCGGCCAGGGUCAUCGCCGCCGACGGCUCGCUGAAGGAGCUCCCGGCCGCCGCCUCUUCCCGCGUCUCCGACGUGCUCGGCCACACUAGCGACGCGGCGCAAUCGCUUUUCGUGUGCAACUCCGGCGCGCUCUACUUCAACGAGCACCCGCCGGCGCUGGCCCCCGGCGACCUGCUCCGGCCGGGGCAGAUAUACUUCGUGCUCCCGGCGGCCAUGCUCGAGAAGCCGCUGUCGACGGCCGACAUGGCCGCGCUGGCCGUGCGCGCGAGCGCGGCGCUGGCGUUCAGCACCAAGCGGCGGCGGCGGAGUCACGGACGGCGCCGUGCCCGUGGCGAGAAGAAGACCGUGCGCGUCAUGCCGGUGCGCGAGGAGAUGGUAGACGGCGGCAGCGACGGCGAGGACGUGUUUUUUAACGAGAAGCUUAACCAGCAGACGCUGGGGGAAUCCGGUGUGUCGCUGAACCCGGCGAAGAGGGACGAGAAGCUCGCCGCGGCGGCGGCGGCGACGUCGCGCCUGAACCGGGCGCUGAGCAUCAUCCAAGAAGAUGCCGAGUGAAGAAAAUAUUCUGUAUGAUGUGGUCUCGAUUUUUUUUUUGUUCUUUCCAGGAACAUUUUUUUGUUAGCCGGAAUUAUUGUACCAAGUGCAUACAAAUGCAUGGUUGCAAUCCUGUACAUAACUCAGUAGCUGCAAAACUAUUAAUGUAAAAACGAUUCGUUGAAUUUUUUUUAUUUCUGGUGUACAAUUUUCCAAAA